GCUGAAACCCGGAUGUAGACGUCAGUGGUCGUGAGAUCGCUGUUGUCAAUACAUAGAAAUCAAGACAUAUAUUAAUCGAACAGUGUAAAUAGCUUUGAUCACACCACUGACAUGUCUACUCCAGCCAGAAGAAGACUAAUGCGCGAUUUCAAAAGAUUACAAGAGGAUCCCCCGGCUGGUGUUAGUGGUGCUCCUACAGAUAACAAUAUUAUGCUUUGGAAUGCUGUUAUAUUUGGGCCUCACGACACCCCUUUUGAAGAUGGUACUUUCAAGUUAACAAUAGAAUUCACAGAGGAGUAUCCAAACAAACCUCCCACAGUCCGAUUUGUGUCAAAGAUGUUCCACCCUAAUGUGUACGCUGAUGGGAGUAUAUGUUUAGAUAUAUUACAGAAUAGAUGGAGUCCUACAUACGAUGUGUCAGCUAUACUUACGUCAAUACAGUCUUUGUUAGACGAACCCAACCCAAACAGUCCAGCUAAUAACAUAGCAGCCCAGCUUUACCAAGACAACCGGCGCGAGUAUGAGAAGCGUGUUAAGACGGUUGUUGAAGAAAGUUGGAUUUACCUAGGGGAGGUGUAAUGAAUUUCCUGAUCUUACUCUUACCUGACCACUUGCCACUUCAAUGUCAUCGUUCACCCUUGUCAUUGUAUGUUCUCCACUGGCAUAUCGGUACAUUUCGGGAGGAAAAAAUACAGAAGCAUGUUAGUCAUAUGAACAGAUACACGUCAUAUAACGGAGUUGUUACUUUGAUUAUUCGUUUGUUAUUCCCAGUCAGUAGGUUUAUAUUUAUUAUUUGUUGAGUUAAAUGUUUACCAGGAGAUAAAUACAAAGUUCAUUAAUAUUUUUCAUUGCUUGAGAAUCAUGUCCUGUGUGGCUCCUUUGAAGUAGUGGAGGGUGAUUUUGUUUUCUUUUGUCAUAUAUCUUUGUUUCUUAAUAGUUUUUAUUAAAUAAUGGAAGGGAAAAUAGAGAUCUGGAUAUUUGAUUGCUACUUUUGAGUUGCUUGUGGCAUCUUUGACAUGGUAAUAUUGAUUGCAUGUUGUCCACAAUCCAAUUUCUCAAGGCAUUUUCUCCAUUGUGUCCCGUGAACUUGUCCAUGUUCUCCUGCUGGAUGCAAACUAAUCACAAGUGUUACUGUUGUAAUGCAAUACUCUGCAGCUUGACCAAGUUUUUUUUCAUUGUCUCGUUUUUAGAAUUAUUAUUCAGUCAACUAAUCUAAACUCUCAUGUGAUGUUCCCAAAUGUAGCGGCACCAGAAGACUUGACCUGAUUGACAACCUAGGUUAACAUACCGGGUAUUGCUAGUCAGGCUUUUACACAUAAUGGGAAGGGAUUGGGUCAGUUUGCCAGUACGGCAUGCUAACUGUUAAAUUAUCGUGAGCUGAGAAAGAUGGCUGCUUCUGUACAAUGUAACAAUUAUUAUUGAAUGCACGUGUAAUUUUUGUGUUCAUGAAGACGGUAAGUCUUUGUAAUGUAGAGGCUGUACAAAGUGUAAUAAAGACAAAAUCAAACAUACA